AUGGCCAAGGCCGUCAACGCGGCGGAUGAAGAGUCCGCCGACCUUCCCCGCGGCCCCGUCGAGGCCCGAUCGCUGUCCGCCAUCACAGGCAUCGCCUCCAACCCCCCCGCAUAUCCUCGAAAUCCUACGCAGAAGAAACUGGAACCUCUGUCGCUCUACAUCGUGCGAGUCCCUGGUAGUAAAGGUAUGUGCUUUAUUUCGCGCCCCAUGCGAUCUCCUAUACUAACCUGCUUGUUUCCACACUAG